UGUAGGCGGUGUAAUCAGCCUGGUCAUUUUGCACGAGAGUGUGAUGGGGUGCGUGCCCCUCGUCGAACCCAAGUUCAGUCAGAUUCAGCUACUCGGCCCCAUUCAGCUCCCACCGAACUGCAGAGCCACAGUUUAGGUGGGGAUGCUACUGGCUCACAAGCCGUUAUUGGAAGUUUGGGUGCUUCUAAAUUGAUCUCAGCUUGUCCUCAUGCAGAUGUAGUCAUGGGUGGUGUAACAGUCACAUGUUUAGUGGAUACUGGUUCAAUGGUGUCCACGGUCUCUGAAAGUUUUUUUCGUCAGCAUAUGGAGUCUUGGGGUUUGGAGCAUCUCCAGUCGUGUCAUUGGUUGGAGCUUAGAGCUGCCAAUGGGCUUAAGAUUCCUUAUGUUGGCUAUUUAGAACUUGAUGUACAACUCUGUGGCAAACUGAUUCCCAACUGUGGUGUUUUGGUCGUGCAGGACCCUUGUGGUGAGCUCCCAGCUAAAGUCCCAGGUGUUUUGGGGAUGAAUGUAAUCAGGAAGUGUUAUCAGGAACUGUUUGGGCUGCAUGGUGUAGCUUGGUCUUCUGUGUCUGGUGUUUCUGAGGCCCCUCAGUCCGUCAUGCGGGCACUGCAGCAGUGUCAGUCUGCCUACUCGCAAGAACCUCAUAGUCCUGGAAGGGUUAAGGUCAGGGGUAAAAAGGGCUGUCGGAUUCCUGGUGGAGUCAUGAAAAUUGUGGCUGCCACAUGUUCUGAUGGGUACUCGGGCUCUACCGCUCUGUUUGAACCUUUAGAGUCCGGAUUGCCUUCUGGUUUGCUUGCUUCCCCUGCUUUGGUUCCGGUGAUCAGGGGUACAGUUUAUGUGCCCAU